UUGGCUUCUUUUUCUUUUACCAACAACCAUCCAUUUCAGUCUAGAAGGCUACUUUAGUAAAUGCUAGGCUACAAUUUAUUUCAGAUAGUGUAUGUGACGUGUUAAGGUUGCAUUUUCUACCAGUGAAGAGACAAAGUAUUUGAGGUCAUGGGGAACUUGGAGAGCGUUUGGUGGAUUGUAAUUGAGUGCGCCUGCAGGAUCCUCGGUGUUUCUACGGCAACAGUGUUGUGUGCUGUGGGAGUGGAGACUCUGCAUCAAGGAGAAUUCAACAGCCUUGGCAUCUAUUUAUUAGUGUCAUCUGUUGGCAUCAUGACGUUUGAGUUGGCCUAUUUCCUGGAUACACUUCUGGUAAUGUGUCUGCCCUGUCCACCAGACUGGCAGCUGUUUGUGUUGUGGGGGAAGAUGGCUCAUGUCGGAGGUUUCCAUAAGUUCCUCUAUUACUCCAUAAUGUCAGUGGUCUGCUUCUUGCACCCUGUGUUGGUAUGGCAUGCCAUCAUCCCAGGGAUAAUGCUUCUGGUGACAGCACUUUUCAACUUUAUACUAAGCAAGAAAACAAAGCCCAAACCUCCAAAGAGGCCACAGGGGAGUCACAGCGACCAAGGCCCGACCACUGUCUGUGUGGCAGAAACUGCAGCUUCGAACAGCACAGACUCAUUCUUCCACGUGGUGACAGGAAGGAGAAGGGAGGGACCGGCUCUGGCAACCAGAGACCGCUGCCUCGGCCCGGGGGAAAGAGGAGAGAGCGUGCAGGCCAUGCUGGAGCUGGAGCAGACAGCAGCACCUAAAGGCACAGACAGGGAGAGGAGGUGGUGGAAAGAGGGGAGACUGAUAAGCUUCAGAGGCAGGGAGGAGCCUGUGGAGAGAGAGAUGGAGGAGAUGGACGGGUACUGUGAGCCAGAGCCAGACACCACCUCAGACACUGCUCCUAUGAUUACUGACUGAACAUCCCUCUGCGCUCAGACGGAGCUCCUUACUGCUAUCACACAAAGGAAAGCAUGUUUAAUGUAUUCAUACUGACUGGAUGCUACUCGCUGGUGCUACACUGUGCAGACAAUUAGCUUUAAAAAACACAUUAUAAAAUAUCUGCUCAUGCAAAAUAUGACCUUUGAGUAAUUGCAAGAGUGCAGUAAUAAUGUUCUUUGUUUUUUCAAGAUAUAAGAUUAUUAGAUUUUUUAUUAAAUGUUAAGUUGAUUUGUAUAUUUCUUACUUACUAAAAAAUAAUAUUGUAAGCAUUUUUGAAAAAUAAUUGUAUCUUCAAAUGUAAACACUGAAAGAAAAGAAACAAUUGUACAUACAAAUGUGGGUGGCUUUUAUUCAGAUUUUUGCAAGGCCAGGAUUGAUUGAAGAGCAAACGUUAAUGCUAGGCAAUCCAAUCCAGUUACUGCGGCAUGCAUUAUUCAUGAGGUAAUAAAUUAGAUCAACUGUUUCAUUCAUUCAAACGAAAUGUGUUUGAAUGUGACUGGGAGUAGCAGGAAUUAGAGCUAGUGCAGGUGCAUGUGUUAGUCACAUUCAAGACUCCUUAUUGUGUGUUUGUCAUGUGCAAGCGGUGACCAUGGAGACGGAGCUCUGGGAGGAGUGCACACGUUAUUAUGGUGAUGGGAAAACCAUCAGAUCACCCACCAGAGCGCCACCAUAAGCCUACGUUUCACCAAAACAUAACACACCAAGCGUAGUAUUAUUCAUGCAUGAAUUACAUGUCACAAUAGCAUUGAUAUUAUUAAAAGGAUGUGUGAAUCCAA